AUGGGUCACUCACAAAUCUUCGAUUCCGCUCGAAAUUUCGCAGUUAUGAUCAGAAUUCGCGGUCCUGACCCAAAAGGAAUGAAGAUGAGAAAACACGCUUUUCAUCAUUACCGUUCUGGCGAGACAACUCUUUCUGCUUCUGGGUUGCUUGUACCUGAUUCCCUUUGUGAUACUCAAGUAGCUAAGCGUUUAUAUGGUGAUAAGUUUGAGGAUAGGGUGUUGGUUGUGACGGUUGCUUCGGUUGUUGAGCCCUUUCUAUCUCCUCAACAUAGGGAGAAUAUUCCUCAGGGUAGGCCUGAUUUGAUUUCUGGUGUUCGGAUUGAUAUUAUGACAGAGAAAACCAAUGAAGAAUCUGAUCAAGGAACUCCGAGUUGGCUUGAGGGGCAGCUAUUGUCAUUAGUUGAUAUCCCUGCUUCAGCCCUUUGUGUCCAGUCACUUGUUGAAGCAUCUCUAGGCUUGUCAGAGCAUGAAUGGGAGGUUGGUUGGUCUUUGGCAUCUCUGAAUAAUGAAUCUCAUCCCUCUAAAGAUAAUUUUCAAACUCAGGGGAGGAUAUCGGAGGGAGGAUCGGGCAGUGCAAGUGUUAUGUGCAAAUCACUGACUAGAAUGGCCAUUCUUAGUGUUUCUUUAUCUCUCAAGGACUCACUGAACUAUCAAAAACCUUCCAUGAAUAAAAGGGGUGAUUUCCUUUUGGCAGUUGGGUCUCCCUUUGGAGUCCUCUCAUCUACACACUUCUUUAACAGUUUAUCAGUUGGAUGCAUUGCAAAUUGUUAUCCGCCUAAUUCAUCUGAUGGAUCGUUGCUGAUGGCUGACAUUCGCUGUCUUCCUGGAAUGGAAGGCAGUCCAGUUUUCAGCGAGCACGCAUGUCUUACAGGUGUCCUGAUCAGACCAUUGAGACAGAAGACAAGUGGAACGGAAGUACAGCUGGUGAUUCCAUGGGAAACCAUUGUGAAGGCUUCUAGUGGCUUGCUGCGGACAUGUCCUCAAAACACAAAAGAAGGAUUACAUUAUCAAGAGGGAAGAAAGAUUACUUUUAUUGACUACGAGAAAUCAGAAACUCGUGUACCCUCUAGUAAUAAACACGAGCAUUUAAAUUUUGGUAGCUCCUCACCAUUACCAAUCGAGAAAGCAAUGGCCUCUGUAUGUCUCGUUACUAUUGGUGAUGGAGUAUGGGCAUCUGGCGUUUUGUUAAACAGUCAAGGUCUCGUACUUACAAAUGCCCAUCUGUUAGAGCCUUGGAGAUUUGGGAAAACUCAUGUAAGCAGCAGAGAAUAUGGAACCAACCUGAAAUUUUUUUCUUCCAUCUUGGAGGGAACUACUUCUCUUGGCAAUAACGUUGAAAGCAUGCAAGUUAAUCAAACAUUACCUUCGAAGAUGACAAAUCUUUAUCCUUUUGCUGCUGAUGAGCAGAGGAGAUAUAAAUCGAACCCAACUUAUGACAACCAUAGAAAUAUACGUGUACGCCUUGAUCAUAUCAAGCCUUGGGUUUGGUGUGAUGCUAAAGUAAUAUAUGUUUGUAAGGGACCGUGGGAUGUUGCCUUACUGCAGCUUGAAUCAGUUCCGGCUAAUCUUUUGCCUAUUGUAACAAACUUUUCCAGGCCAUCCACAGGAUCAAAGACGUAUGUUAUUGGCCAUGGAUUAUUUGGCCCGAAGUGUGGAUUCUUCCCAUCUGUUAGCUCGGGUGUUGUAGCAAAAGUGGUUGAAGCAAAGACUCCUCAAUCUUAUCAUUCCGUUCAACCCGAGCACAUGCAUACCCGUGGCCAUUUCCCAGUAAUGCUUGAAACAACAGCUGCUAUUCAUCCUGGUGCUAGUGGCGGUGCUGUUAUCAAUUCAGACGGUCACAUGAUUGGCCUGGUUACAAGCAACGCAAGGCACGGCGGUGGAUCGAUAAUACCUCAUCUUAAUUUUAGCAUUCCAUCUGCAGCUUUGGCACCCAUCUUCAAGUUUGCAAAAGACAUGCUUGAUUCAUCACUUUUGCGGAUUCUAGAUGAACCGAACGAGUACAUUUCAUCAAUUUGGGCGUUGACGCGGCCAUCUUCUCCCAAGCUCAAUCCCGCACCUGAUCAACCGCAGUCUCGAUUAGACAAUAAAAGCAAAGAAGAGAAGGGUUCUCAGUUUGCUAAGUUUAUUGCUGAAAGAAAGGAUAUUUUCAAUAGCCCUAUUCAUGUUGGAAAGAGUGGAGUGCUUUCUAAAGAUGUUAUUCCUAGUAAGUUAUGA